AUGGCUCUGAGUCCUUCUCCUCAGAUGUCCCCGACAAUGUUCGGUAACAAAGCUGAGAGACAGCGAUCCAACUCACCACCUCCGCAUCAACUAUCCAAAAGGGACAAACGUCGCUCUAUGCUGCAGGAAAAACUUGCAGAAAUGACGAUUUCUUUUGCUUCGAACAGAGAUCUUUAUUACCGCGACCAACUCCAAGGGUUACAAAUCGAUAUGAAUCUCAUUCAGGAAGCUGACGUCCACGGCAAAUUUCCCCUCCCAGAUGGCAACGAUGUUGGACCAUUAGUUGUAGAUGGUAUCAGAAAAGUUAAGGCAAUUGUUAAUCAUCAUCCAUCCGCCGCUGGAAAAGAGUAUGAAUCCUUUGCACGAGAGAUCAACAACGCCAUGGAGGAAAGAGACGUUGCACUGACUACGCACAUGAGAGACUAUGAGGUUAGAGCAAAUGAAAUCGAAUCCAGCCAUGCCUACCGAAUGCGCCUCGCAGAUCUAGAAUAUAAAGAUUUGAUGACAACUUUGAGAGAUCGUUUGAUCAAUAGCGUCGUUAGCAAGAAAGCACGGCUGUCGAAAGAUAAGGAGACAAUUGAGAUCGGAGAGAGUAAUGCUUUACUUCUACACCCAAGCCAAUUCGGUCUCGCCAACCCCGCUAGCCCUGGUGGGAUGCAUUCCAAAAGAGCUACAAGACACCGCCGGGAAGCUGAAGAAUUACCUAACAUCUUCGACGGCUCCAAGCGCAAGAGAAAGGGUAUCGAUGGCGACGAAUCUCCAGCUCCCUCACGACAACGUAUGGACAAUGGCGGAAGUACUCCAAUAUGGUUCUCCGAGCGAAACAUCAACAUAUCCACGCAACUUGACGCAUCAUUGUACAGCAUUGAUAAGCUCUUUACGGAUAAAGAGCUCGCGAUGGCAUACAAUAGGUCGGCUCAAGCAGCAUACAAGUACAUGGUUCGUCAUGCACCAUACGAAGAUGACAAUAACAGCCCCCAAAAUGGCAGAUCUGAUUCCAGUUCCGACACUGAUAAUAAGAUGAAUACAACAUCUGGAGAUGCUGAGAACGAUGGACCGGGUUCUCCUCCAUCUGCACCUACAAUGGAACGCCAAUCAUCGCACGUCACUAGGAGCACCCGUGGUGGAGCAACUGCAAACUUCAACACAGGUACGGGAAUUGACAUUCUUAGUGACUUAGCAUACCCUUGCAAUAUGGCAGCCAUCACGAAACAAAUCCCUAAAUUACCACCACUUCUCGCUUCAAAUAUGCAGAAAGGAUACGUGAAAGGAGAUGCUGCCAAUCAGCCGCAAGGAUUGGCGCCUGAUGAGGUCAAUGCCGAACUAGAGAUCAUCAGAAGGGGUCGUACAUACAAUGAUGAGCGAGGCUUCGGAAGAAAUCUUGACUUGGAAAAUGGCGGGAAAAGUCUUCUCGAAGCUGUCAGCACACCGAGAAGAGCUCAAACAUAUUACGUUAGAAGCGACAACAAAGGCACAAUGCUGAGCAACCUACGAGAAGAACUCGGCGGAGAACCAAUGUCAAAGCAAAGCUCCAGGGGUGGCAGUGAAGCCGGAGGAACACCAAUGUCGAGACAAAAUACUACGGAGGGAACGUCUUCAAGGGCGGGUAGAGGGAGGAAGAAUCUGUUGAUUUGA